GAAUUUAAAUAAUUGUGAAUGUUUGUCAAUAUUUAAGUGGACGAGACUUUAUUUUCUGUUAGAUGUGAAUGAAUGAAAAGUGAUACAAGAAUUCGCGAAGCAUAAAAGAGAAAAAAAUUUACAGUGAAGAAGUUAAGUGCACAGGCAGUGGUUUGUGUACAUACCAAAAAAAAAAAAAAAAAAUUAAGAAAGAAGCUAUAAAAUCCAAGAAUAUUCCAGUGUUAUUAUUAAUUAAGUGAAAUUAUAAUGAGUGAGUCAACGAACGAGAUUCCCGAGCAUGUGAUAUCACAGCUUCCAAAGCCGAGUGGAAUCAAACCACCAUCGUCAAUUUUCUCAAUACCAAAAGUCUCACGAAUAUGUUCAAAUCAUGAUAAAAAGCCAGAUUUACCGGUCGCGGCAACACCAAAUAAGAAUCACGGAGGCGAUUUGACAACAGAUACCGACAGUUUUAUGAUCGGUCAGCGUGUUUAUGUUGGUGGCAUAAAGUCAGGUCGUAUAACAUUCAUAGGCGAAGUUCAUUUCGCACCGGGUGAAUGGGCUGGAAUAGUAUUAGAUGAUGCAGAAGGCAAGAACGAUGGAGCAGUUAGUGGAAAGCGUUAUUUCCAAUGCGAACCCAAAAAGGGUAUUUUUUCACGUCUCACACGACUUACACGCGAGCCAAUAGGCUCAACAGUCACAGAUAGUAUGGACUUUAGUUUUCGUUCAGUCACAUCACCUUUACGUACAUCAUCUGGGAAUACAUCCCCAACACAUAGUGUUACCAGUACAUCUAAACCAGUUGGAUCAAGCACAAGUCCUGAAAUUGGUGAUCGUGUAAUUGUCAAGAAUGCAUCAGGCAGUCGUGUUGGAAUUUUACGCUUUAGAGGUGAAACACAAUUUGCCUCGGGUGAUUGGUGCGGUGUUGAAUUUGAAGAUGCUGGUGGAAAGAAUGAUGGAUCUGUCAAUGGAGUCAGAUAUUUCAAUUGCCCAGCCGGUCACGGCAUCUUCGUACCAUCAUCAAAAGUCGUAAUAUCACCAUUGGCGCGUAGAAUGCGUCUGUCAAGACAAAACUCUUCAGAAUCACUUGCAUCAAAUAUUACAUUAAACAGUUUGGCAUCAACAACUGCAUCAAAACUAAGAAUGAAUGCAACACAGAAGCGUCUCUCGACACUUAAUAAGCUUCCAUCGGCAACGUCAACACCAAAGCCUUCGUUUUCGUUGCAGGACAUAUUACGAGAAAAGUCAAAUCAUAUCGAACAGAUCAUGAAAGAGCGUGAUAUCGAUCGAGAAGAAAUGUCUGCACAGACAAUUUUAUACCAGAAAAAUCUUAAUCAGUCUAUAUCGCCUGAGAGAAUUCAGUCUCCGGUAUUUACAAAAAAGAGUCCAUCCCCUGAAGGUGAACAGAUUGGUCGGUGGGCUGACUAUAUUAAACAAAGAAUUGUGCUUGAGGAUUUAAAGCGAGAGUUCAAUGGCUGGACAGGCAAUCAUGAACGACAUUGCAUUCUUCAUGACGUCUUCUUGACAUAAGCAAUGUUAUUGUUGUUAAUUAAUUAAUGGACCGAACGUACAUUGACUAAUAUUUGCGAUUUGAUUUAAUUCCUAUUAAUAAGCUCGAAUAGAUUUUAAGGAUGUUUUUUUUUUUUGAUUAUUAAUAAAAAAGUUUUGCGGAAGAGAAUUUUUUAAUUUUUUACAGCUUCG